AUGGAUGAUUUUCGCGAGGCAUAUUAUUGGUUACGAAAGAAUACGGCAGAGAAUGCACGAAUAAUGUCGUGGUGGGAUUACGGCUAUCAGAUUGCCGGUAUGGCGAAUCGAACGACGCUUGUUGAUAACAACACUUGGAAUAAUUCGCAUAUUGCCUUGGUGGGUAAAGCGAUGUCAUCGAAUGAGUCAGCCGCAUAUGAAAUAAUGCAUUCUUUAGAUGUUGAUUAUGUUCUUGCCAUAUUUGGUGGUGUAAUCGGAUAUUCUGGUGAUGAUAUCAAUAAAUUUUUGUGGAUGGUGCGCAUCGCAGAAGGUGAAUAUCCGAAAGAGAUUCGCGAGGGGAAUUAUUUCUCAGAGUCGGGUGACUACACGGUUGGCGCACAAGCCUCUGAGACGAUGUUGAAUUGCUUGAUGUAUAAGAUAUCAUACUAUAGAUUCGGCGAGGUUCAGAUGGGAUAUCAGCAGCCGGCUGGAUUUGAUCGAUCUCGUGGUUAUGUGAUCGGUAAAAAGGAUGUCACCUUGGAGCAUUUGGAGGAGGCAUACACCUCAGAGAAUUGGUUGGUACGUAUAUUCAAAGUGAAGAAACCAGCGAAUCGCCCCACGAUAAAGUACCAACAAAGACACAUCAAAUCGUGGAGACCGUUGAAAGUUUCGAAAAAGGGUAAAUCGAAACGUGGUAUCAUUAAAGGAAGACCAUUGGUGAUCAAGGGUAAGCGGUCGUCAUCGCCUUCGUCGAGCAGCUCAUCUGCAUCUCAUUAA